AUGGAAUUAGAAAAUAUCGUAGCCAACACUGUCUACUUGAAAGCCAGAGAGGGAGGUUCCGAUAGCAACAAAGGCAAGAGCAAAAAGUGGCGGAAGAUCCUCCAGUUUCCUCACAUAUCGCAAUGCUUAGAUAUAAAAACAAAAAUAGAUGUAGACUACGACUACGUGGUGGAUCAGCAGCCAAUCGGCAAGCUCCUUUUCAGACAGUUCUGCGAGCGGAAUCGACCGCACUAUCACAAAUACAACAGCUUCUUAGAUGCGGGGCGUAAUAUAUUCCAGGCGGAGAGGUACGAGGUGGAGGUCGACGAGACGCGGGUGGCGCUCGCGGCGGACCUGUUCGGUCGGUAUCUGAAGACGGAGGACUGCGACGCGGUGACCGACGUCGUGCCGCCGGACGUCAUUGAUGAUGCUAGCAAGCUGCUCGAGGGCGGUGCUAAGGACAUAUUCAGUGAAUGUAUUCGAUGUGUCAAGAGUUUCCUGGCGGGCAGCCCAUUCGCGGAGUUCGAACGGUCCAUGUACUUCCAUAGGUAUUUGCAAUGGAAGUGGCUGGAAGCGCAGCCGAUCACGCAGAACACGUUCCGGAUGUACCGGGUACUCGGGAAGGGGGGUUUUGGGGAAGUAUGCGCUUGUCAGGUUCGAGCAACGGGUAAAAUGUACGCUUGCAAAAAAUUAGAAAAGAAAAGGAUAAAGAAGCGGAAAGGGGAAGCGAUGGUGUUGAUAGAGAAACAGAUAUUACAGCGGAUCAACUCGAGAUUUGUAGUGAAUUUGGCUUACGCGUACGAAACUAAGGACGCCUUGUGUCUCGUCCUCACUAUAAUGAAUGGUGGUGAUCUAAAGUUCCAUAUAUACAACAUGUGCGGCGCAGACACGGGGCUCGGGCUCGAGCGGGCCCGCUUCUACGCCGCGCAGGUCGCCUGCGGGCUGGAGCACUUGCACAAGAUGGGAAUUGUUUAUAGGGACUGCAAGCCGGAGAACAUCCUGCUGGACGACGCGGGGCACGUGCGCAUCUCCGACCUGGGGCUGGCCGUGGACGUGCCCGAGGGCGGCAGCGUGCGCGGCCGCGUCGGCACCGUCGGCUACAUGGCGCCCGAGGUGAUAGACAACGAGCGCUACACGUUCAGUCCGGACUGGUUCUCGUUCGGCUGCCUCGUGUACGAGAUGAUCGAGGGCCGCGCGCCCUUCCGCGCGCGCAAGGAGAAGGUCAAGCGGGAGGAGGUCGACCGCAGGGUCAAGCACGAGCAGGAGAAGUACUCGAGCAAGUUCAGCGAGUGCGCGCGCGCGCUUUGCGCGGCGCUGCUGCACAAGAGCGUGGCGGCGCGGCUGGGCGGCGCGGGCCGGCGCGGCGCGCGCGCCGUCAAGCAGCACCGCUUCUUCGCGCGCCUCAACUGGGCGCGCCUCGAGGCCGGCAUGGUGGACGCGCCCUUCGUGCCCGACCCGCACGCCGUGUACGCGAAGGACGUGCUGGACAUCGAGCAGUUCUCCACCGUGAAGGGCGUGAACCUGGACGCGGCCGACGACACCUUCUACGGCAAGUUCAACACCGGCAGCGUCAGCAUCCCCUGGCAGCGCGAGAUGAUCGAGACCGGCUGCUUCACAGAGCUCAAUGUCUUCUCUAUUGACGAGGAGGGCAAGGAGUGCCGCACGGCGGACCUGCAGCUGGUGCCCGCCGCGCCCGCGCCCAGCGACGACGCCGGCUGCUUCGUAUUCGCGCGACGGGUGCUUUGCCCUCAAAAGAAGGUACCGCCGCGUCUCCGCGCUGUGCCCGUGCCGGAGCACCUGCUGCAGCCCGCCUCGCCCCCGCCCGCCCUCAGC